CACUGAAAUCUAGUUUCAGGUACAAGAUCUGUCAGGCAACUCAACUAUUGGUCUGCAAAUCUGAACCGGGGCUUCCAUAACCAUGAAUAAAAUCUUCGUCCUUUUGAUCUUGAGCUCUAUGGUAACUAUAGGGCAUCUCACAACGUGCAAAAGGUGUUGGACUCUUGACUCAACUGAAUGCUGCUCAGAAAAGGAGAUUCAAUGUGAUGGAUCCAAGUGCAUGAUGCUGUCAGAAUACUGCAAUGUCAGCAAUGAGAUUUAUAAUUCCGUGAGAAAAAUGUGUGCAGUGGAGGCAUUGUGUAAUACUUGCUUCUCAGCGUCAACAAACCAUGACUUCUAUCUCCGAGUCAGUGCUGAAUGUGGGGAAGGAGACAACAGCAAUGCUGAUUUGAAGUUUAAGGAAUUAUGUAAUGAUCAAUUGCCACUAAACGGCUAUAUGUGUCCAAGCUGCUAUGUGAAUACAUCUACUGAUGGCUGCGAAAGCGAAGGAAUGGUAUUGUGCCGUGGGAACGAAUUUGAGUGUUUGAAGUUUAGGUCAAGUGUUCAGCUGUCCGAUGGUUCUAUAACACCAAUGUCAGUUCAAGGCUGCAUUACACAAGGUGGUUGUCAAAUUGGGUUUGGAGGCAUACCCGGAGCAAAGCAAUAUGAUCCAAAGGAGAUGACAUGUACCCCUGCAACACGAGUUAACCCUGAUGGAAAAAACUAACCCACCAAAUCAGCUGCAAGCCAAGUCUGCGUCUUUGUUAGGACAUUGACGCACGUGUAAAACGUCAUAAGCUUUGGUUGCUUUAGAAACAAUGACAGCUGAAAACAGCACUGAGAAUUUGAGAUGUAUCAAACUGUAGAUGCGCUAAAUGCAUGUUAAUAAAAUCUUUAACUACU